CAGGCAGCUGAAGGGGGAUUUAGGCCCGGAAGAUCCGAGUCCAUCCGCGGCGGGGAGAGGGCGAGCGGGGCCGGCGGGGGCCGGAGCAGGGGCGGCGGCGCUCGGACUGUCCCAUCCGCCCCGUAUUGAGGCGCUGGGAGCAGCCGGGCGGCCGGAAAGCGAUGGUGAAAGCGGGGCCGUGAGGGGGGCGGAGCCGGCAGCCCGACCCGCCGUAGCGGCAGCAGCGGCGCCGCCUCCCCGAGCUCAGACCCAGGAAGCGGCAGGGAGGGCAAGAGCGAGCCGGAUCCGCCGCCGUCGCCACCAUGGAGCUCAGAGUCGGGAACAGGUACCGGCUGGGCCGGAAGAUCGGUAGCGGCUCCUUCGGAGACAUCUAUCUCGGUACGGACAUUGCUGCAGGAGAAGAAGUUGCCAUCAAGCUUGAAUGUGUCAAAACCAAACACCCUCAGCUCCACAUUGAGAGCAAAAUCUACAAAAUGAUGCAGGGAGGAGUGGGCAUCCCCACCAUCCGGUGGUGCGGGGCGGAGGGGGACUACAAUGUCAUGGUGAUGGAGCUGUUGGGACCGAGCCUGGAAGACCUGUUCAACUUCUGCUCAAGGAAAUUCAGCCUCAAAACUGUCCUGCUGCUUGCUGACCAGAUGAUUAGUCGCAUCGAAUACAUUCAUUCAAAGAACUUCAUCCACCGAGAUGUGAAGCCAGAUAACUUUCUCAUGGGGCUGGGGAAGAAGGGCAACCUGGUCUACAUCAUUGACUUUGGGCUGGCCAAGAAGUACCGGGAUGCCAGGACCCACCAGCACAUCCCCUACCGCGAGAACAAAAACCUCACUGGGACGGCGCGGUAUGCCUCCAUCAACACGCAUCUUGGAAUCGAACAAUCUCGAAGGGAUGAUCUGGAGUCACUGGGCUAUGUGCUCAUGUACUUCAAUCUGGGCUCUCUGCCCUGGCAGGGGCUGAAGGCAGCCACCAAGAGGCAGAAGUACGAACGGAUCAGCGAGAAGAAGAUGUCCACCCCCAUCGAAGUGCUGUGUAAAAGCUACCCCUCUGAGUUCGCCACGUACCUGAAUUUCUGCCGCUCCUUGCGUUUUGACGACAAGCCUGACUACUCCUACCUGAGGCAGCUCUUCAGGAAUCUCUUCCACCGCCAGGGUUUCUCCUAUGACUACGUGUUCGACUGGAACAUGCUCAAAUUUGGAGCCAGCCGAGCAGCUGAUGACGCUGAGCGGGAGCGCCGCGAUCGAGAGGAGCGGCUGAGGCACCCUCGGAACCCAGCCGCCCGCGGCCUCCCCUCCACGGCCUCUGGCCGCCUGCGGGGCACCCAGGAGGUGGCUCCUCCCACCCCCCUCACCCCUACCUCACACACCGCUAACACCUCUCCUCGGCCCGUGUCUGGCAUGGAAAGAGAGCGGAAAGUGAGUAUGCGGCUGCACCGCGGCGCCCCCGUCAACGUCUCCUCCUCCGAUCUCACGGGCCGACAAGAUACCUCCCGCAUGUCGACCUCACAGAAUAGCAUUCCUUCGAACACCACGGCAAGUAGCUGCACGUCUCCCGCUGGAAGGCAGCACCGAUUCCCGGUCGGGUGGCUUCCAGUGGUCUUCAGUCUGUGGUGCACCGAUGAGAACUCCUUUCCGCUGUGAAGGGCAGACAAUGCAUGGCUGGUCUACUCUGUUACAAUGGCUUUACUAGUGACGCGCCCCCCGGUCUAGAACCGAAACGUUAACACCGGGAGCUCUCCAGGCCGCCCGCCCAGCGACGCCCGUGGGGGAAACAAAACACAAACUAACCCGGACAGACCGCAAAGCUCUGCCGUCGCAGGGGCUGCACCGAGGGCCUCCCACGCGGCCCGCUCGUCUCGGGCUGGGAAGAAAAGCAGAGUGUGAGAGACAGUUGCAGAGAGAACCAGACUCCCGCUCAAGAGCCUUUCAGUCCCCCUGCGGUGGCGGCGCCCUGCUCCCUGACGAGCCCACUGUAACCACCGAUCUUCUACUUGGUUAAGACAGUUUUGUAUCAUUUUGCUAAAAAUUACUGGCUUAAAUCUGUGUAAAGAAACCUGUCUUUUUAUUGUUCCUUUCUCGUCUGUUUCUGCGGUCCUGAGACAGAUGUUGCCUCUAAAGAGCCCCCGGAGCAGAGGCUGGCGUGGAGCUUCCGCGUAGGCAGAGCGCGUCAGGGAGCAGAACGCGGGCGCCGUCCUCUGCUUUGUGGUCCGUGUGUCGUGGGGUCCGCUGCGGAGAGGGGUUUUCUCGUCAGAAGUGCCGUCCCGUGUAGACGUGUGUGUAAGUGCCCCGUGCGUGUCCGUGUGUGUGCCGUGUGCUGUGCGUCUCGUGGCCUCGUUACGCUGGUGCUGGCUGUCACUGUCCCUUCCCCACCUGAAGCGGAAGGCCCGUGCGACGAGGUCCUCGGAGCAGUUAGGGAGCCAGGCUGCGCCUCACCCCCCCGGACGCGGCCAGAAGGAAGCCGAGCACCGAAGAUCUCAGAGGCCAAGGCUUUGCGUGGCGCGUUGCUGGUGCCUCAGGAGAGGAUUUCGAGCGAGAGACGUCGGACCCUCCGUUGGGGUCACGUGUGGUCGUUGUGGUGGUGGUGUUGCCUCCGUGUCUUUGAAUUUGGGAAACGUUCUGAACGGACUGUAACUGUGAUCGGUGUAGAUUGGCCCUCAACGUGUGUUAACAUCUGUGUGCUCAGAACCAAGGGCGUGGCGGUGUGCCCGGCACCGGGUUUGCCCACAGAGGCCUCGGCCCAAGGGAAUCCGCCCUCAAGUGCCAAGACGCCGGUGACUCGACCUGUGUCCAGGAGGGUGUGGUGUCACGCACUUCCUUCCGGGACUUUCGUUGGGACCUAGCAAACCCCACGGGGGUCAAGAAGCAGGGCGGGGCUGAGUCUCGCCAGAAGGAACUCCCUCUUGGGCCCCUGGGCUCCUGGUGGUUUGCCAGGACGCUCCCUCAUCUUGUCGCAGGCAGAGGCGCCAGGUGGCAGCCCGGAGCCCCCGUCGUGGGAAACAAGGUGCAAUAUAGGUGUUUGUGGGAACUUCCGCCUCUCCUCCUGCCGCCCCCUGCACAGUGCUCUGUGUGGAAACCAGGGCGCUGGCAGCAAGUGGACCGGAGAAGUGUCUGUCUCUGUUUUCCCUUCCUGCCCCCUCAGCCGCUAGCGCCGGAGUGCGGCCGUUUGCUUCUUUGUGAAUCCUGAACGGGCUGUUCUGUUUGGGGGCGCGGGGCCUGGGCCAAGCGGGGCGGUGGGAGUGCGGUGCGAGCUCGGGCGGGUCAGGGUGGGCUGGGGACCCUCUCCAGAGGUACGCCUGCCCCUGGCGGGGCGUGAGCAGCACAGCCCCCCCCCCCCCCCCCCCCGGGUGCUGCCCGCCGCCGGUAGGGACAGCCUUCCCACGCUCUGCAUCUGGGCUUCCACCUGAAAUUGCCGGAUGAUCCGAAAGGCGGGCCCAGCACCCCGGGCCCGUGGCUGUGCGGCUGUCCGUCCGUCCGUCCGUGCACACUUGCUGCCCUCCCGGUGUUUAAUUCCCCGUCACGACUGCAGGACGCGUAGUUGCAACGUCUGUAUCAACCUGUGUAUCGGUGGCCGGUCUCUGACUUGGCACGUUUGUGUGAUCACUGCAUCUAUGUACUACCACCGUGUAAAUAAUAAAUCCAUGAUGACUUCUACCUUCCCCCCUC